UCUCACUACCUGAGGAAAGCUAAAUCAAGGGCACUAGAGUCACACAGAGCACACAAGCCAGAGUACAGAGGAAUUUCACUGCCUCACUGACGCAAACCAAAGUCACAGCUUUCCUCUGCCUUUCUCUGACUGUUGUUGACAUAGUAGCUACUAUUCAGAGAUGGCUGAGGCGCAUCAGGCGGUGGGUUUCCAGUUCACUGUGCGCCCGGAUGGUGUGGACCUCAAACUCAGUCAAGAGGUCAUUAAAAACAUCUACCUGUCUGGAGUGACAGCAUGGAAGAAGCGAGCCAUUCAAUUCAAGAAUGGUGUGUUGGCUGGAGUCUAUCCUGCCAGUCCGUCUAGUUGGCUGAUAGUUGUGAUUGCCAUGAUGAGUUCCUUGUACAUCCGCAUUGACGCCUCUCUAGGAAUGAUUGACGCAAUCAAGGAAAAUCUACCACACAGAGACUAUAUAUCAAUGCAGACCCGAGCGGUGCUGAGUGCCAUCCUGUUUGCCACUGGUCUGUGGCUGUUCCUCAUCUACCUCUUAAGAUAUACUCUCAAAGCUCUACUCUCCUACCAUGGAUGGAUUUUUGAAUCCCAUGGAAAAAUGAGCACAUCUACCAAAGUGUGGCUGAGCCUGGUGAAGAUGUUCUCUGGGCGCAGGCCGCUGCUCUAUAGUUUCCAGGCCUCCUUACCCAGGCUCCCUGUGCCCAGUGUGGAUGAUACAAUUCAGAGGUACCUGGAGUCAGUCUGUCCUCUGCUGGACAGUGAACAGUACAAUCAAAUGGAGAUGUUGGCCAAUGACUUUAAAGAUUCCAAAGCAGCCCAGCUACAGAGAUACCUAAUCCUAAAAUCCUGGUGCGGGACAAAUUAUGUAAGUGACUGGUGGGAGGAAUACAUCUACCUCAGAGGCAGGAGUCCUAUCAUGGUGAACAGUAACUUCUAUAUAAUGGACCUCUUGUACGUGACCCCAACACACCGACAGGCUGCACGGGCAGGGAAUGUGGUUCAUGCCAUGCUGCAGUACAGACGCAAACUGGAACGUGGUGAACAUGCACCGCUGAGGGCGUUGGGGACCGUUCCUAUGUGUUCCUCUCAGAUGGAAAGGAUAUUUAACACCACUCGUAUCCCUGGGAUAGAAACAGAUAUUGUGCAGCACCUAACUGACCGUAAGCACCUGGUUGUCUACCACAAGGGCCGUUUCUUCCAAGUGUGGCUGUACACUGGAGGGCGCCACCUCUUACCCAGUGAACUAGAGACACAGUUUCAAAGGAUCCUCAAUGAUACAUCACAACCCCAGCCAGGAGAACUCAAAUUAGCCGCCCUGACUGCAGGAAACAGAGUUCCAUGGGCUCGAGCUCGGAUUAAAUAUUUCAGCCAGGGGGGAAACAGAGCGUCUCUGGACCUCAUUGAGUCAGCUGCCUUCUUCCUGACACUAGAUGACGAGCCACAGGGUUACGACCCAGCAAAGACCAAAUCGCUUGACAGUUACGCCAAGUCACUACUGCAUGGCAAAUGCUACGACAGGUGGUUUGACAAGUCUUUCACUUUGAUCUCUUAUCCAAAUGGAAAACUGGGUGUAAAUGCUGAACAUUCUUGGGCGGAUGCACCAAUUGUUGGACAUAUGUGGGAGUAUGUCCUUGCAACAGACUGCUUCCAUCUUGGCUACACAGAGGAGGGACACUGUAAAGGGGAUGUAAACAAAGGCCUGCCUCAUCCCACUCGACUACAGUGGCAGAUUCCAAAGGAGUGCCAAGACGUCAUAGACACUUCAUACCUGUCAGCCAAGCAGAUAGCUGAUGACGUGGACUUCCAUGGUUAUCUGUUUACUGAGUUUGGAAAAGGACUGAUCAAGAAGUGCAGGAGCAGCCCUGAUGCCUUUAUUCAGCUGGCCCUGCAGUUGGCACAGUUCAGGGACCAGGGAGUGCUCUGUCUGACAUACGAGUCAUCGAUGACUCGUAUGUUCAGAGACGGUCGGACGGAGACUGUACGCUCCUGCACUUCUGAGGCUGUUGCAUUUGUCAGAGCCAUGGAGGAUGAAGGUGCAACAAAUGCCCAGAGACUUGCCCUGUUUCGGAAAGCAGCAGAUACGCAUCAAAACAUGUAUCGUCUGGCCAUGACUGGUUCUGGUAUCGAUCGUCACCUCUUCUGUCUCUACAUAGUGUCCAAAUACCUUGGUAUUGACUCGCCAUUCCUUAAGAAGGUGCUUUCAGAGCCCUGGAAGUUGUCUACUAGCCAGACUCCACAGCAGCAGCUAAAUUUAGUUGACAUCAACAAGUUCCCUAAAUAUGUGGGAGCUGGUGGUGGAUUUGGCCCGGUGGCUGAUGAUGGUUAUGGUGUGUCUUAUAUAAUAGUCGGGGAAAACCUCAUCACAUUCCACAUCUCCAGCAAGUUCUCCAGCCCUGACACAGACUCGUACCGGUUCGGUCAGCACAUUGGUAAGGCAAUGCUGGAUAUCCAAGCACUUUUCAAGUCUGGAAAUGAUAAGAAGACGGUGGAGCACGCAAAGCAUGGACAGGUGGAAAAUGGGAAAAAGCAGAUAUAACAAACACUGUGGAGUGGUAUGCUGCUCACACACAAAAACAAAACAUAGUUCUGGUGACGGGUUGCAUUUAUGAUCUAUUUGCUUUCCUGGGGCGUCACAUAGGAGCAGGUCAUUCCACUCAGUAUGACUAAAGGAAUAGUUGUUACUCUAAUUUAUUUAUAUUUUAUAUUGUACCUUCCAGACCUGUUGUUUUGGUGCUGAGGGCAAGACAUUUUGUUUUUGCAAUGACUGUUUCUCGCUCCUUUUUUGUCAGUUCAUGCCAUAGAUUGUAAGAUUGUAUAUUAAGCUAAUGUAUAUAUAAUCUUUAUAUGUGGUCUAUUGUUAGUGUAUAUGAAACUUGUAAAUAUAUCUGCUUAAAGAACUGAGUGUUAUGUUUAAAACUAUCAAUCCUUUGUUACAUGACAGUAUUUAUGAAUUGCUGUUGCAUCUUUAAAUUAAAAAUAUUAGAUCAUUAUACAUUUCGGUAACUGAUAAUUGUUUUCCAUUCUUGACACAUUUAAACAAACACGUAUAAACCCAAAACAUCAAAACAGACGCAGAAAAACAAUCUAUUA